CUCCUCCAGCAGCCGCCGAGGCUUCUCUGCAGCCUCCCGCCGCUUCAUCAUGGAUCUGUGGACUAAAAGAGUCGCUGGGAUUAUCGCUCAGGUCGUCCUGCUUCUCUGCAGCUCGUACGGGACAACCGGAGAAGAGGUGUGUGACAGCGCGUUGGUGUCCAAUCUGCCGCCGUCGUCCUUCAGAAGCUCCUCGCAGCUGUCCAGCAGUCACGCUCCGGGCUUCGCCAAACUCAACAGGAGAGACGGAGCUGGAGGUUGGUCUCCUCUCACCUCAGACAGGUAUCAGUGGCUGGAGGUCGACCUGGGCGAGCGGACCAAGAUCACCGCUGUCGCGACUCAAGGCCGCUACGGCAGCUCUGAUUGGCUGACAUCGUACCUGCUGAUGUUCAGCGACACGGGGCACAACUGGAAACAGUACAGACAGGAGGACAGCAUAGGGUUUUUUCCAGGUAACAGUAAUGCCGACAGUGUGGUUCAGUACAAACUGCAGCAGCCGGCGAUCGCUCGCUUCCUCCGUCUCAGUCCUCUGGACUGGAACCCCAGCGGGAGGAUCGGACUCCGGCUGGAGACGUACGGAUGUCCUUACACCUCUGACGUGGUGAGUUUGGACGGCGGCAGCAGCAGUCUGGUGUACAGGUUGAGUCCCGGGCCGAGGCGUACGUCCAGAGAGGUCGUCUCUCUGAAGUUUAAAACCCUGAGGAAUUCUGGGACGCUGCUGCACGCAGAGGGAGAGGGAGGACUCGGCCUCAGUCUGGAGUUAGAGAGAGGAAAGCUCCAGCUGCUGCUCAGACAAGGUCAGACUUCUUCCUCUGAACCCCGGCGUCUCGCUUCCCUCGGCAGCCUGCUGGAUGAUCAGCAUUGGCACCAUUUAUCGGUGGAGCGCCGCAACUCUCACCUCAACCUCACCGUGGACAAGCACACAGAGAGGAUUCAAAUCCCGGCAGAGUUCAGCCACUGGGACAUCAAGCAGCUGAGUGUAGGGACGGUCCAGAGCCUCGGCUCUCAGAAACCGGUCGUCUCUAAGUGGAACUUUCAUGGCUGCCUUGAAAACCUGCUGUACAACGGCCUCAACCUGAUACAAUUGGCUGAAAACAAAGACCACCAAGUUACUGCAACGGGCAAUGUGACCUUUUCUUGUGCUGAGUCGGUUUCCGUCGCCGUGACGUUCCCAGGCCCCCAGAGCUUCCUCCAGUUGCCGGGGGCGACGGCGUCCUCGUCAGGGGGCGUGUCCGUCGGGUUCCAGUUCAGGACGUGGAACAAGGCGGGGCUUCUGCUCACCUUUGACCUGCCUCAGGAAGGGGGCGUGGUCUGGCUCUUCCUGAGUGAGGCCAGACUCCGGCUGCAGAUCCAUAAACACGGCCGGGCGCUGCUGGAGCUCAGUGCAGGUUCUGCUCUGAAUGAUGGUCAGUGGCAUUCGGUGGAGCUGAACUCCAGACGAGGUCGUCUGAGCAUCGCUGUGGAUACAGAAGAAGGAGGCAGCGCUCAAGCCAGUCCUUCAUUUCCUGUCACCGCAGAAAGUCACCUUUUCUUUGGUGGUUGUCCUGCUGAAGGCGACAGGCAGGAGUGCAGAAACCCCUUUAAUAUCUUCCAGGGCUGCAUGCGUCUCUUAACUUUGGACAACCAAAUCGUGGACCUGAUCAUGGUGCAGCAGAAGCAGCUGGGAAUCUACAGCAACCUGCAGAUAGAUAUGUGUGGAAUCAUCGACAGGUGUUCUCCCAGUCGUUGUGAACAUGGCGGCCGCUGCAGUCAGUCCUGGACCGUCUUCCACUGUAACUGCUCUGACAGCGGCUACAGCGGAGCGACCUGCCACAGCUCUGUGUACGAACAGUCCUGCGAGGCGUACAAACACAGCGGCAACGCGUCGGGACAUUUUUAUAUCGACGUGGACGGCAGCGGACCAAUCAAACCGCAGCUGGUCUACUGCAACAUGACAGAAGAGAACACAUGGAUGGUGAUCCAGCACAACAACAGCGAGCUGACCAGAGUCCGACCGUCUCCAGGUGUGAACCAGCAUUCAGUUCACUUUGACUACUCCACGAAAGAAGAGCAGCUGUUGGCCGUCAUCAGCCAAUCAGAGCACUGCGAACAGGAUCUGUCCUACCGCUGCAGGAAGUCCCGCCUCCUCAACACUCCAGAGGGCUCUCCGUUCAGCUGGUGGCUCGGUGGUCCCGGUCCCGGUCGUGUCCAGUCUUAUUGGGGUGGAGCUCAUCCAGCCAGUCAGCAGUGCGUCUGCGGCCUGCAGGGCGACUGCGUGGACCCACAACACUACUGCAACUGUGAUGCCGACCGCAUGGAGUGGGCUGAAGACUCGGGCCUGCUCACCCACAGAGAGAGCCUGCCCGUCAGGUCUCUGGUGCUGGGGGACAUCACGAGGGCGGGGUCAGAGGCCGCCUACAGGGUGGGGCCGCUGCGUUGUCACGGAGACAAGAACUUCUGGAACGCUGCGUUUUUCGACAAGGAGACGUCGUACCUCCACUUUCCCACCUUCCACGGAGAGCUGAGCGCAGAUAUCUCCUUCCUGUUUAAAACCACGGCCUCCUCUGGUGUGUUCCUGGAGAACCUGGGCAUCAAAGACUUCAUCCGGAUCGAACUGAGCUCCUCCACUCAGGUGCUUUUCUCCUUCGACGUCGGUAACGGGCCGCUGGAGGUUCGCGUGGAGUCGAGCGUCCCGCUGAAUGACAACCGGUGGCAUCGAGUCCGAGCCGAGCGGAACGUCAAAGAGGCGUCGCUUCGAUUGGAUGAACUUCCUGUCGCCACACAGGAGGCUCCUGCUGACGGACACCUCCACCUGCAGCUCAACAGCCAGCUGUUCAUAGGAGGCACAGCCUCCAGGCAGAAGGGCUUUCGGGGCUGUAUUCGCUCCCUGCAGCUGAACGGCGUCACCCUGGACCUGGAGGAGAGGGCGGAGAUCACUCCUGGAGUUCAACCUGGCUGCCCGGGUCACUGCAGCAGCUACGGCUCGCUCUGCCAGAACCAGGGCCGCUGUGUGGAGAGAGCCAGCGGCUUCCACUGUGACUGCGGCCUGUCAGCCUACACUGGAGUCUUCUGCCAUACAGAGGUGUCGGCCGGCUUCAAGUCGGAGACGUCCGUCAGCUUCAGCUUCAAGGAGCCGUACGAGUUCAUCAGGAACAGCAGCGCCCUGCCGUCCUCCAUCUACUCCGACAUGACGCUGAGAGGAGAGAACGUCUCGCUGAGCUUCAGGACCAACCAGAGUCCGGCUCUGCUGCUCUACGUCAGCUCCUACUACAGAGAGUACCUGGCCCUGCUCAUCAACAAGCAUGAUAAGCUGGAGGUGAGGUACAAGCUGGACAGCAGCAGAGAUGCUGAAGUGCUGCGGAGCAGAGCGAAGAGUCUGUCCAACGGACACCUACACACUGUCACCAUCAGGAGACUGACGGACUCUGUGUCUGUGCAGGUCGACCAAAACCCAAGAGAAGACUUCAACCUGACGUCUGACGGAGAAUUCAACGCCCUGAAGUCGCUGAUGUUGGGCCGAGUGCACGGCUCCGAUGAUUUGGAUCCAGACCUGUCCAGGUUGGCGUCUCUCGGUUUCACCGGUUGUCUCUCGGUCGUCCACUUUAACUCCAUCAGCCCUCUGAAAGCUGCUCUGCUGCACCCGGACACCAGCCCCGUCGUCAUCACCGGACCUCUGCUGCAGUCCAACUGCGGCUCCUCGGCUUCAGCCAAUCCCUACGCAGCAGAGAACACACGCCACCUGUCAGACCAGUCUGGUUCAGUGGGUUCAGGUCAACCUUUAGUCAAUGCCAUCCGGACUGACUCUGCUCUGAUUGGAGGAGUCAUCGCUGUGGUGAUCUUCGUGAUCGUGACCGGCCUGGCGAUAACCGGCAGAUUCCUCUAUCGGAGAAAAGAGACGUAUCGAAACCAGGAAGUGAAGGGAGUCAAACAGGACGACAGCCAAGAUUUCCAUUUCAACAACCAGACUGAGUCCCCGAACGUCUCCACUGAAAACACAAAGGAGUAUUUCAUUUAACUGGAGGCCCGGUGACCCGAUGAACUGCCGCGCCUCAGGACUUCACACUGCGCUCACAGCCAAUCAGAGACCUUCUCUGGUGGCCGCGGCUCCACAGAAUAUGGAAAGCAAAAAAAAAGAAUAAUUCACACAGUUUUGUGUUUCUGUUGCUUUACUGUAAAUUGUGAAUAUACUGAUACAAACAGGCAACAGUGUUGAUAUCUUUGUUUCCACUGUAAGUAUUCACACAUGUAAAUGUUGAAUUCAUGUCUUUGUAACAAUCUCUGGCUAAUGUCACUUUGUCAUGUUGAGAUGUUGGAGAUACUGAGGGCGUCAGAGUUUCCCUCGUGUGGUCGGGUGUUCCUCAGAGAGAAGGCACGUGUGUGUAGACACAGAGAGGACUUGAAACUGGCAGGAUGUUGUUGUUUUUGUUUGUGAUCAUAUGAUUUUAAUCCCUUUUGAAGGUUUAAGCUUUCACAUUGUAAAAUCUUUGGUGGGAAAAUAACUCCAGUAAAUAUUAAAGUGAAUGUACUUCUGUUAGGGGGGGUUUUCUCUCACCAUAUUCCAGAAAUGAUUCCACAUUUAUGAGCUUAGUCGUGGAUAUACUGAGCUUUAAAGUUAUCGUUAAAGUGGAUUUAAUUUUACAACAACUUAUCAAAUGAUCCUCUUUAUCUGCAGCUCCACUCGGCUUAAUGGAGCUUUACAGUCAGUUUCAUCUCAUUCAUCUCACGACAACUUUACUCUCAGAGCGUCAGGCAGCUGCUUUUAGCAAACAUAGCUCAAAGAGAAACCCACUACACACUAUGUUCUCAGGACCAAACAGCACAGACACCGUUAGAAACCAGCUGGUGAGCAUAGAGGAGCAUUUAGCAACUAAAGAGACAGAUGUUUCCUGCAGGAGCCGGUCAACUCAGAGUGAAUAUCGGGCUAACAUCCAUCAAGUGGCCAGAAACAUGACUACAUGUUGCUCUUUAUUUACUUACAAGUGUGCAGUUAAAGCUUAAAAGGUGAUGAUAUGUCACUUAUUGCACGUUUAAGAUUUCAGAUUUGGAAACACCUGUGGACGGAUGCAACUCGCCCCCUUGAGCAGGAACUGUGGCAGAAAUACAACAGAGCAAACGAGCUGUCACUCACAUUGUAGGAAAUCCAGGGCAGGAACAGCGGACUCCACUAAUGAUGAAACUACUAUAUAGAAAGGUAUUAUAGCAUGUAAAUAAACUAUUCUUGAAAGAAAAGCCAACCGUAAAAUAAUAAUUACAAAAAUGGGUUUUGAUUUAAUGAUAAUCUUAAGAAAUAUAACAGUUUGGGAUUCUAACAGCAGUGAACUAAGAUUAAGCUUGAAGCUUGUAAAGAGAGAACGUCAGCUGCAACUUCAGUUAACCACAAAGCUCUACACACACACACACACACACACACACACACACACACACACACACACACACACACACACACACACACACACACACACACACACACACACAUGUCAUUAAAACUGCACAGACAUCUGAAGUUUAUCUAAAGCACAUCAUUAUGUCUGUCACCUCGUGCACGCAGACACAGUUGAUGUGUUUCUGAAAUGCUAAUCUGCUUCUGACAGGUGGAUUGUGACUCCAUGGAAAGCAGGGAGAUGAUCAGAAUGAGACUCAAAGAUAAUCCAACAGACAGUCUGUGUGUUGAUUCAACUCAUGUGUAAAGAGUGCUGCUGAUAGAGGGAGGGUGAGAAGCAGAAAGAGGAUCGACAGCAUCUGUUUAUCAAACACCGUCUCUCUGAGACCCCAAAGCCCAGAUGGGAUUUUAAUGACAAAAGUUGCAAAAACUUCAAAGUGUCUUUAAACAUGUUGAGUUUAAUUUUUUCACUCAACAACAACAACAAGUGCACAGCUGAUGGCAGACGUUGUGUUGGUGCUGUGUUUCUGUCACCGGUGUUAACAAGUACAUGCAUUGUGCAGUGCUUUGCAUCUCUGCUGCAUGUAUUCUGCACUCUUAACUCAAUGAGGGGGGGCCCUGCACAGACAACAGUGCAGAGAAUUACCGCUGCACAAAGACGAUCUUUGGUUGGUUGAUACAGAAGUGAAGAAAAAGAUGUUAAAAGCAAAACUGACCAGAUCUAAAACAUGACGCUAAAAAGAAAAGAGGAACAUUUGGCAGCAAACAGACCUUUGGUUAUGAAUUUCCUGUGCUGUGUUUUGUCAAAUCAUCAUCAGUACACAGAGAAACGGUGUCAAAGAUCUGCGUGUGUUUGGUUUCCUCUCUGGCGAGGUUUGUAGUUAAGCUGAACGGUUCUCAGUGUAACUAUAAUAAUGUAACAGUACUUCAUAUUGGUGAAUCAGUGAGUUUGAGUGACAUGCCAUAAAAAACUUAAUAAAAAUACUAUAUACAGAAAAUUCUCAAAAUAAUUCUGGUUGUUUGGU